UUCAUCCGCAGGUCUCUGUGUUAUUAUUACGCACCGCUUUAGUGAAUCAGCCGGGCGAUUAUUCACUGGAUUACUUUCAAAAUAUACCCUGUUAAGGACUAACUCUACUGGGAAAUUGUGUUUUGACAGUUCUUUACUGCCUCCGCGGAAACAUUCAACAGAGUGCGAAAUAAUGUGUGACUUCAGAUUGGACCAAGUGACCCCUCUGUCAUCAGGCUACCGGCGCCUAAAGAGGCAGGUUGCGUUGGAGCUGUUUGAAGACCCCAUGUCUCUAUUCUCUGGGUUUUACCCAUUAGUGCAGGAGGAACAGGCAGCUCAGGAAGUCCCAUCUGGUUUGGAGUGUGUUCCACAAGACCUGGGACUAUGCUCUGUACCGCUGCUGACUCCCUGCAGCAAAGCAGUGAUGAGCCAAGCACUGAAAGACAGUUUUAAUGGAUUCAGCAAAGUCCAAUGCAUCUGGGGUAUCUCAAACAAUCCAUUUAAAUGGAACAAGCAUCAUGUCCAACAGUGGCUGCACUGGGCUGCUGGUGAAUUCAGCCUCACCAAUGUGAACUACUUCAAGUUUGAUAUGAGCGGCCAGGAGUUGUGUGACCUGGGAAAAGACGGUUUUUUGGAAUUAGCUCCAGAUUUCGUGGGCGAUAUUCUUUGGGAGCACCUAGAACAGAUGAUGAGAGGUUUCAGUGUGGAGGACACACAGUAUGCGCUUCAGUCCACAGAGAACACUAGCAGCCUCCUAAGGGAGUUAUUUGAGGCCCCGGAUAGUCCCACCCCUCUGAUCUCUGAGCCAGACUUCUCCAUGUUCCCAAAACCUCAACUGAGCACGGUGAACGUCAGCUACAUCAAUCAGGAAUUCCCAACUAGCAAAGCACAGCCACACCUUAACACACACUUUUCAUCCCAUGAGCAGACCUCUGUUGAAAGUGCGGACAGUUUGGAGGGAACUGAGCGUGUCCUGCACUCAUGGGGCAGUCAGUCAUCCCUGGCCGACACCCAGCGUGUGCCAUCUUAUGACAGUUUUGAUGACGAGUACAGCGCAAUGCCGCUGAGCCUGGGCAAGCAAGGCCUGUCCUUUAAAGACUAUGUACAAGAGAGAAACGAGCCGCUGGAGCAGGGCAAACCUGUCAUCCCUGCCGCUGUGCUUGCUGGAUUCACUGGAAGUGGCCCUAUUCAGCUGUGGCAGUUUCUGCUGGAGCUCCUGACAGAUACAACCUGUCAAGGCAUCAUUAGCUGGACUGGAGAUGGCUGGGAGUUCAAACUCACUGACCCUGAUGAGGUGGCACGCCGCUGGGGCCGCCGCAAGAACAAGCCCAAGAUGAACUAUGAGAAGCUAAGCCGUGGCCUGCGCUACUACUACGACAAGAACAUUAUCCACAAAACAGCUGGAAAACGCUACGUCUAUCGCUUUGUUUGUGACCUCCAGAACCUCCUGGGCUACGCUGCAGAAGAGUUGCAUGGCAUGUUGGGGGUGCAGCCAGACACAGAGGAUUGAACCCAGCAAAAUGCCUUCAUGAGUGGUGUGUUUGAUAGAGAUGGGGAAGUGACCCCCGUUGUCCACUGUUACAGACGGGCUCUUUAAAAGGUCUGUGUCCUGAAUGAUGGCAGUUACGCAGCUGCACUUCAAGCCUCCACACUGGCUGCACUAGAAAACGUGCAAUUUUCUCUGUUUGGUCUGGAGCAGGACUCAGCUCUCAAUCUUUACAAUGGCCACACUUCGGAAAGACAGGAAUUCUGAAAGUGAGCGGACAUCUGGUUCAAAGAUUCUCAUGCUUUAUACACAGAUACAAAAUUCUAUUUAAAAACAAUGUACGUUUCUUCAGAGCUGGUCAGGGGUGUGUUUAGACUAGAAGAGAAGUGUACAGAGAAGCUUUUACAGAAUGCGUUUGUCGGCAGAGAGAACGGGCUGCCUGUGUAGCACGCUGUAUUGAGACUGUUGUUAUAUAACACAUGCUGUUGCCUUUACUGAUUUGCAAAGUGCUUUAAACUCCAGACUUGCACGCUUCCUUUGUUACUAGAGAGCCAUCCAGCAUAUCAGCCAAGUAUAAACCUGUAGGUCUGUGUGCUUUUCUUCUUGCAGUUUUACUCAGAUGUGUAUUUCCAAUAGACUAUGAUUGUAAAUGAAAUACAGUGUAUAAUUUAUUUGAGCUUUUGCGAUUGCAGCCGCUGUAAUGAGCACAUUUUGUAUCUGGGUAAUUAAUUAUUUUUUUUGCAAACGCCAAAGUGACAUUCCAAUGUCAGUAUUUAAUUUCAUUCCAGGAAAUCUUGCAUUAAGGUUAAUAGCGUUGGUGGGAAACUUGCCUACAAAGAUUUAUAUCAGAUUUUGAAAUAGCAGCAGAACAUUUUCUUGUUUUUUUUGUUGUUUUGUUUUGUUUUUUAAUAAUAACUAAACUAUACUGUACAUUCUAUCGAAAUGGGACGUUUACUGUAAGUUUUAUUUAUCUUUGUACAUGUCUGAAUGUAUUUAGCUCUAUUUAUUUAAAUCAAAGCCAUACAGGCACUCAGAGGAUUCUCCAAAUCAUGAUCAUUAAAUUUUCUUUGUGGUUAGUUCUCUUAUGUGUAUAUAAUAUCUUGAUAACUAUAAUUGUGUUGGAUCUAUUUAAUUGCUGUUUUUAGCAUUACUGAAUAUAAGCAGUAAAGGAAACUGAUAAGAUGCCGGAUAUAAAAAAAAAAAUCUAAAUUAAAAAAAGUGACACUUUCAUGGAGGGGAUUGUGUCCCAACCUUAACUACUCACAAACCUUUUGUACGAAAGCUUUAUGUGAAGAAAGUUAAAAUUAGGUUGUGUUGCUAUUUGAACAUGUUUUGUGAAACUGCAUUUAGCUUUUACACAAAUAUCGAUGUCUUGUAUGUUUAUAAAAUUAUUUUUCUACAUAAAUCCUUUGUGGUAUGUUGUUUUACAGUAUUUUAUGGGUUGUGUACUUGUUUGGUACAACAUAUCAAAUACAGCUUUUACAGAAAGAGAGGGAACGAAAGAAAAAGCAAUAUGAAGCCAUCUGCUCAUAUACAUGGUAAAAGCUGAUCUGGGAAUUUUUUUUUAAUUUUAUUUAUUUAGUUAGUUUUACAUAUAGAAAGGGAAGAGCUGAUCCUGGAGCUAAAUAGAUUGAAAACUGAUCUGAGAAAAACAGUGUAUAGGCAGAGAGAGGUGUAGUACUUCUUGUGAGAAAACUAGACCAACAACAGGCAUAAGUCAAGACUUCAGUCACACAACUGAAAUGUUGAGAAUGAAAAGUUUGCACCCUAGAACUGAACAGAAUAAUGAAAUGAAAAGUGUUUAAAUAUCUCUAAUUUUGGGACAAAGUCUAUCAUUGCUGGAAACAGUGAUUAAACUUUCACGUGUCCCUUUCGCUCACUGCUGUUCAGAUUACAUUAUAGUGUACACUUUGGCAGUCAGAACAUACUGUAUGUAUCACUGAUGACACUUUUGCUGAUGUGAAAUAAAUGUUUUUAAAUGA